CCAGGUGGUGGCGGUGGCUACUGGGCCUGUCACGGAGCGUUCUCUGGCCGAGUCCUGGGUCUGCGGGGAACCAGGAGGUGCGGGAGAAACGCCCUUGUCUGGCCGAGUCCCAGGCUUCCCGUAACAGCCAGUGACAGAGGCCACAGGCCUCGCCGAGCCCACCCUGUCCUGGGGCGGGGCCCGGCCUCCCCGCCCCGGACCACGCCCCUCCGGCCUGCCCUGAGCCAGGUCAGUUUCUUCAGCCCUGCGGCGGUGUAACCGCCCUCGAUCUCCUGGAGGCACCUGUCCCCUGGUUCCGGCCGCUGGGGAACAUGGAGUUUGCGGAGCUGAUUAAGACCCCACGGGUGGACAAUGUGGUGCUUCACCGACCUUUUUAUCCGGCCGUUGAAGGAACCUUGUGUCUGACUGGCCACCACCUGAUCCUGUCCUCUCGGCAGGACAACACGGAGGAGUUGUGGCUCCUCCAUUCAAACAUCGACGCCAUCGACAAGCGGUUUGUGGGACCACUGGGUACCAUCAUCAUAAAAUGUAAAGAUUUUCGAAUAAUUCAGUUGGAUAUUCCUGGAAUGGAGGAAUGUUUGAAUAUAGCCAGUUCUAUUGAGGCAUUGUCAACCCUGGACUCCAUCACUCUGAUGUACCCUUUCUUUUACCGGCCCUUGUUUGAAGUGAUAGAAGAUGGCUGGCAUUCUUUCCUUCCUGAGCAAGAGUUUGAACUCUACUCUUCAGCUACCAAUGAGUGGAGGUUAAGCUACGUUAAUAAGGAAUUUGCGGUCUGCCCUUCUUACCCGCCAAUUGUCAUAGUGCCCAAAUCCAUUGAUGAUGAAGCUCUUCGGAAGGUAGCUACAUUUCGUCAUGGAGGACGCUUUCCAGUACUCAGUUAUUAUCAUAAAAAAAAUGGAAUGGUAAUUAUGCGAAGUGGUCAGCCACUGACUGGCACAAAUGGUAGACGGUGCAAAGAAGAUGAGAAGCUGAUAAAUGCCACCCUCAGAGCAGGAAAGCGUGGCUAUAUCAUCGAUACCCGAUCUCUAAACGUAGCUCAGCAAGCUAGAGCCAAAGGAGGUGGCUUUGAACAAGAAGCUCAUUAUCCCCAGUGGAGGCGGAUUCAUAAGUCCAUUGAGAGGUAUCACAUUCUUCAGGAGAGCUUAAUCAAACUUGUGGAAGCUUGUAAUGACCAAACACAUAACAUGGACCGAUGGCUCGGUAAAUUGGAAUCUUCAAACUGGCUGACUCACAUCAAAGAGAUUCUGACAACUGCCUGUCUAGCAGCUCAGUGUAUUGACAGGGAAGGAGCAUCCAUACUGAUUCAUGGAACAGAAGGAACUGAUUCCACACUUCAGGUUACCUCCCUGGCCCAGAUCAUCUUAGAACCAAGGAGCAGGACCAUCCGUGGUUUUGAGGCCCUGAUAGAAAGAGAGUGGCUGCAGGCUGGUCACCCGUUUCAGCAGCGCUGUGCACAGUCAGCCUAUUGUAAUAGUAAGCAGAAGUGGGAGUCACCUGUGUUUCUUCUCUUCUUGGAUUGUGUGUGGCAGAUAUUUCGUCAGUUCCCUUGUUCUUUUGAAUUUAAUGAGAAUUUCCUCAUCAUGCUCUUUGAGCAUGCGUAUGCCUCACAAUUUGGAACUUUUCUGGGCAACAAUGAAAGUGAAAGAUGUAAGUUGAAGCUACAGCAGAAAACGAUGUCUCUGUGGUCUUGGGUCAAUCGGCCCAGUGAACUGAGUAAAUUCACUAAUCCCCUCUUUGAAGCCAACAAUCUUGUCAUCUGGCCUUCGGUUGCUCCACAGAGUCUUCAGCUCUGGGAAGGUAUUUUCCUACGUUGGAACAGAUCCUCCAAGUACUUGGAUGAAGCAUAUGAAGAAAUGGUUAACAUUAUUGAAUAUAAUAAGAAAUUACAAGCAAAAGUAAAUAUCCUUCGGAGGCAGUUGGCAGAACUGGAGACUGAGGAUGGGAUGCAGGAGAGUCCCUGAAAGAUGCCCCCACCCCCUGUAUAAGGACCUUCCCGCGCUGUGUCCCGCCUCUCUCUCCUUUCGUCCUUCAGCCCACUUUUACACAGUAGCCUUGAACUUAAGGCUUUAGAUGUGAGAACCCCCUAAUCUAACGGAUUUCUCAAUACUUUAUGAAUAAAACUUACUAUAAUUACUCAUGUUUCAUGUGGCCUCUUAGGCCUUUUUACUUUAAGAGCAGGAAGGAGGUGCUAGUCAUUUUAUUUUAUUUUGUGUGAAUCAGGUGACCUCUACGUAAUGCCAUUUGUGUUAUAGGCAUUUCAUUGUAAGUUUUUCUCUGUGUCCACUUUCAAACAGUGCUUCAGACCAGUCAAGGAUAUGAUUAAUCUCUUUAAGGAAUAUGUUAGUUUAAAAAAAAAGGUCAGAUGUUUAAACAUUUUGAAUAUUAGAAAUAUUUUUCAAAACUGAAAUGGUGGAUAAACCAAGAAUUUUAUGUUUAAUAUGCCAUUUCCAAUACUUUUGUCAUUCUGUUUAAAAUAGUUUUGGACUAACAAAGCUGAAUACUGUCUCAUUCUCGUUUGUCAAGAAAUAAAUUCUGAGUAUUUAUUCAAGGUAAAUUAUUUUUACAAGGACAACAGGUAUAGCCCUGUGAUAUUUACAUUAAGAAGUAAAUUUAACAGUAGACUCAAAGUAUGUGCAAUAUAGAAAUAAAGUAGGAAUUUGUUACUGAUAUGGUAUUGUUACUAUUGAAUUGGUUUUACAGGUUUUAUCAAAUGCUGGAUGUAACAUUAAACCAUCAUUUAUAAUGGAUGUUAGUUUGGUAUAAUUAAGCUACAAAUAUGGCUUCCUUAAACCAGAGAUGUACUGCCCUUGUCUGAAGUUCUUAUUGCACUGGUUUAUGUAUGUAUGUGUAUGUUUUAUUGUGUUUCGUUUUAUUUUUAAGUAUUCUAAGAAUUACUAAUACUAAGGUUACAGCUUUCGUGGUGGUUUAAGCCUUUUGAAAAUUUGACUCUACUGAUUUGUUCAUUACAUGUGAGGCAAAUAUAAUUUAAGUGGAGGUGAAAGUUUAUGAACAUGAUGCAGCUACAUUUUAAACUUCAGAUUUGAAAUGUGUCAGUGUUACAGCAACAGCGAUGACUGUGUUUAUGCUGGGUUAGUUUAUGCCUGCGGCUCUAACAGCUUGUAGUUCAGGGUUUUCCAUGUGCAUUUCUGUUUUGUGGAGUUGCUCAUUUUAACAAUUACUAUCAAUUCUAGUUAUCCUUUGAAAGGAUAGGGGAAAAAUUAAUCAUUAAUACCAUUUCCACCCCAUCUGUAUAUAACCAUUUCAGUGUAAAACAUACCAAAACUGAACCCUGCUUUAGAGUUAUGUACGGACCUAAAAAUGUAAUUUAAAAAAACUGACUCUAACAAAAUCUCUGGCCACACUCAGAAGCCUUAGAGAGUGACACAUUCUUUCUGUCCCAGUUGUCCCAAGCUUUAUCUUUUUUCUGUUUCCUUAGACUUUUAGCAAAAAAACUGGAUGACAGUUCAUCAUCAGAACUCUCUUUUGGUAAAUUUUUCUGCCUUCUCCUGUAAGCUCAGUUUUAUUCUUGACUUGUUUUCUUGGCUAUAGUUAUAAAUCUCGGGGCACUAAAGCCCUUGCCAAAGGGCUAGGGCAAGGAGCAAAGGAGAUGUACUAUCUUGAUAUAUGUAUAUCUGUGUUAUGUGGAAUGUCUAUAUUUUUUAAAAGGGAAAACACCCUAGCUUUUUUAUGGCCCUCAAAAUUGCUUUGUUCAGGCAGCUGACCUUUUUGUUUUCUUCUAACUUUGUCUCAAGACUAGAUAUGAAGAAGGUGCCCUUUUCUUCUCUGUUAAUGGACCCAUUUGAAAAAUCAUCUAGACAUCUAGAGGACUUUUUUUUUUCCAGUAAUUCUUUAAAAGUGACCCCCCACUAGUGAUAUUUAUUCGUCAUAGGGCUUCUAUGUGUUUAAACAUACGAAGGAGUUUUUAUUAGGUUUGGCCAUGGAGAAAUUAUAUGCCAUCAAUUUAUAGCUGUCUUACUGUUGCACAUAUUAUGUAUAAGCCAGAAUAUAAUAGCAUAGUGUUUCAGUUUCUUUUUAUUUCUUUUAUUGAGACAGGGAUCUUAAGCUGUUUGGACAAAUUUCAUUUUAGUAAUUUAUAAUCAGAGAUCGUCCAAACCACAGUUCUGAUUUUAGCUUGUAAAAACAAACUUCGGUAUCAGUGCAUUUUUUUAAAGGGUCAUCUAAUAAUGUAAAUGUUAAGGUUUUACAAAACUCAAGAACUCUUGUCAAAAAAACAAGUGCUUUAUCAGUAUAACUUUCAGAGUGCUUUUAGUAAUUCUGUGAAGUUACCCAUCCAUUCGAUGAGAAUACAUACAAUGUGUGAAUUCAUAAGACAGUACUUGUUAAACAUUAAGUUUGGACAAUUGUCUUUGAUAAGUGUGGCUUUAAAAUCUUUAAUGAAGAGAAUAGUGGCAGAAUUAAUGAGCAAGCAAAUUGUCACACAGGAGUCAAUAAAAAUCAAGGAAGAUAUUUUCAAGUUUUUGUAUUUAGGCAUCUUCUAUAUUCACUUAUAGAGAAGGCUGCUGGUUUACAUUUUUAGGAUGCAAAAAAUAUUCCCCACAAAAGAUAUCUUAAAAAUACAAAGGAUUGCUAUAAUCCUCUAUCAGCAAUAUAAUGAUAUUUAAUUAAUGAUAUUUUUUGAUAUCAGAAGAACAUGGUUGACUAUAAAAAUGCUGAAAACCUUAGGUGUAAGUCUUUUCAGUAAUUGUUUGGUCAAAAUUUUUCAUUUUGAUUUUAUUUAAUGGGAAGAAAAUAAGCAUAAAUUGUAAAACCUAACAGGUUUAAACAGCCUAUAAAUGUGUUUGUUUCUAAGAAAAAUUUGGACUUUGAAGCAAGAUUUUAAAGUGAUUUUGGGAGAAACUUUGGAAGACAAUAGACAGUCAUUUCAGAUCCCAUAUGGGAAUUUAAACUUUCAAAUCUGAUUUAGAUAGGUAAUAUGUCAUUGCUUUUCAUUUUAAAGGAUGAAAUAUAGUGAGAUUUUAGUCUUUGAUUCAAUUAGUACAGUACUUAUGUUAAAUUAACCAAUCAAUAUAAUGGAAAAGAUUUGAUUAGUGGCGAUCUCUUGAAGUGAAAAAUGGGAACAAUAUGCUACAUUUUUUCAAAAAUCUGCUUAAAGAUGUAAUUCUUGUACUUAAUCUGCCUUCAGAAUUAGCUAUUUUAAUUGUCAGUCUUAACUGGGUUAUCAGGUUCUAUUUUAAGACCUUAACCUGAGGCAGAAGUUUUGGUAUUUAUCCAUAUCGAGAUCUAAUGAAUGAAAAGUGUGUGAGGGUACUAUGAGCACUCUUUAUCAGAAAGUUAUUUCUUGGACCAAAAAUGAGCAGUUUUUAGAAUACUUGAUCUUCUGUUCUGGCAGCUUUGAAAUUUACCAGAAAAUGAAGCCAUUCAGUACAUCUGAUACAGGUUUACGUUGUAGCUCAAGACAAUAGUUAUUUCUUAUUCUUUACCCUGUCAGAUCUUCCCUACCGUCCAGGGCUCAUUACCAGUUAUUACCAGAUAGUAUUUUUAUGUAUUUCAUCAUCUUGACAAAAAAGAAAAAAACAUUAAAAGACUGAUUUCAUUAUUAUUAUUUAUACUCAGGUGAUAUGAAAUGCUAA